AUGGCGCGUUCAAGAGGAUCAUCUAGAUCUAUGUCUAGACCAAGACAAACCCAAACCAGAUCCGCCUCCACGAUGGCGGCCCCAGCUCACCCACAACAGCAACCAAAUGCUUACUCACACCCUCCUGCUACGAGUUCGCAGACAAAGCAACCAGGUAUGUUUGCGCAAAUGGCAUCUACUGCCGCCGGUGUUGCCGUUGGUAGUACCAUCGGCCACACUCUAGGUGCCGGUAUUACGGGGAUGUUUUCCGGAUCCGGAUCCGAAACCGCUCCUGUUGAGCAACAACAACAAAAUAUGAGCAACGCCUCAGGUCAGACCCAGAUGGACCAACAGAUGGGAAGAACCUGCGAGUUAGACGCAAGAAACUUUACACGUUGUUUGGAUGAAAAUAAUGGAAACUUUCAAAUUUGUGAUUUUUACUUGCAGCAACUAAAAGCCUGCCAGGAAGCUGCACGUCAGUAUUAA